AUGGAUCUGGCCUCUGAACUCAACGAGACCCAACCUUGGCUGACCUCUCCAUUCGACCUCAAUGGCUCCGUGGGGGCAGCCAACAUUUCAAACCAGACAGAGCCGUACUACGACCUGGCCAGCAACGUCGUCCUCACCUUCAUCUACUUCGUGGUCUGCAUCGUUGGGCUGUGUGGCAACACGCUGGUCAUUUACGUCAUCCUCCGCUACGCCAAGAUGAAGACCAUCACCAACAUCUACAUCCUCAACCUGGCCAUCGCAGAUGAACUCUUCAUGCUGGGUCUGCCCUUCCUGGCCAUGCAGGUGGCUCUGGUCCACUGGCCCUUUGGCAAGGCCAUCUGCCGGGUGGUCAUGACCGUGGAUGGCAUCAAUCAGUUCACCAGCAUCUUCUGCCUGACAGUCAUGAGCAUCGACCGCUACCUGGCUGUGGUCCACCCCAUCAAGUCGGCCAAGUGGAGGAGACCCCGGACAGCCAAGAUGAUCAACGUGGCUGUGUGGGGCGUCUCUCUGCUGGUCAUCUUGCCGAUCAUGAUAUACGCUGGCCUUCGGAGCAACCAGCGGGGGAGAAGCAGCUGCACCAUCAACUGGCCGGGCGAGUCUGGGGCCUGGUACACAGGGUUCAUCAUCUACGCCUUCAUCCUGGGGUUCCUGGUGCCCCUGACCAUCAUCUGUCUCUGCUACUUGUUCAUUAUCAUCAAGGUGAAGUCCUCCGGCAUCCGAGUGGGUUCCUCCAAGAGGAAGAAGUCUGAGAAGAAGGUCACACGCAUGGUGUCCAUCGUGGUGGCCGUCUUCAUCUUCUGCUGGCUCCCCUUCUACGUCUUCAACGUCUCCUCGGUCUCGGUGGCCAUCAGUCCCACCCCAGCCCUCAAAGGCAUGUUUGACUUCGUGGUGGUCCUCACCUACGCCAACAGCUGUGCCAACCCUAUCCUCUAUGCCUUCUUGUCCGACAACUUCAAGAAGAGCUUCCAGAAUGUCCUCUGCUUGGUCAAGGUGAGCGGCACAGACGACGGGGAGCGGAGUGACAGUAAGCAGGACAAAUCCCGGUUGAAUGAGACCACAGAGACCCAGAGGACCCUCCUCAAUGGAGACCUCCAGACCAGUAUCUGA